AUGGCGGAAUAUGUGAGUUGGUUUUCCGACGAUAUCACCGGACUGACCGGUGACGCCGACGAGAUGGCUGAAAUGACCGCCGCCUGGGGCGUCUAUACUCGGAAAGUGCCGAUCGAUGGGGGCGGAUACAAUGUGGAUCAUACCGCAUCAGUGUUCAUGCUGGACAGGGAUGGCCGUUUUUUCGGGACGAUCGCCUACGAAGAAGACCGGGAGAUCGCCUUUACCAAGGUCAGAUUGGAGCGGCCGCAAAUGAAUGAAACCAAAGACAACACGCAAGGGAGCCACCGGCAGGACACCUGGAUAUGGCUGUUCGUUGCCUGGUUGCUUGCGCUGGCCGCAACGCUAGGCGCGAUAUUCAUCGGUGAGGUUAUGGGGCAGACACCCUGUGUCCUCUGCUGGUAUCAACGCAUCUUCAUGUUCCCCCUGACGUUCGUUCUGGGGCUGGCCUGCAUUGCGGUCGAGACGCGAGCCGCGAAAUACGGCUUGGUAUUGGCCGUGCCUGGCGGCCUUAUUGCAGGAUGGCAUGUCAUGCUGUUUUACGGCGUGAUUUCCGAAGCGAUAGCGCCGUGCACUCAAGGCGUUUCGUGUGCUGAUGCGGAGAUGACGAUAUCAGGAGAACUCAUGAACAGACGCGCAUUGGUCAUUGGAACGUCAGUCGUCGCGGUGGCGGCAAUGGCGGGUGGAACCUAUCUUUAUAACGUCAACAUGGCGAGGCAGGCCGUUAUGUUGGCCAAUGAGAACACCGACAUAUUGGUGCGGCCGACUUCUCCGUCAAUUGGCCCGGACGACGCGCGGGUGACGAUCGUCGAAUUUCUCGACCCCGCCUGUGAAGCCUGUCGCGCGUUCUAUCCGGUGGUGAAACAGAUUCUCGACGAAAAUCCCGAGGACGUAAGGCUUGUCGUACGCUACGCGCCCUUCCACGACGGCUCCGAGGAGGCCGUUGCGAUUCUGGAAGCGGCUCGCGUACAGGAUCUCUAUAUUCCCGUAAUGGAAGCGGUCUUUGCAAGCCAGCCUAUGUGGGCCGCCCAUGGAAACCCCAACAUGGCACUUGCCUGGUCGGCCGCCGAGGGAGCGGGGCUCGACCUGGAGCGGGCUCGCUCCGAAAUGCGCUCGCCGGCGAUUGUAGCCCUGAUCAAUCAAGAUAAGGCUGAUGUGGAGCAGCUCGAGAUCCAGCAAACCCCCACAUUUUACAUCAACGGCCAACCGUUGACCGAAUACGACUUCGAUCGGUUCGAUGAACAGGUUCACGAAGCGCUGGGCAAUUGA